UUAUGUUUUUCAUUGUGGUGUGUCCCUACUCCAUCGCCGUAGUGACGCGUUGUUUUAUUUUUUACAUGGAAAAUGGCUGCUUGCAGCCCAACUCGUGUUACGGACGGGGUAGAGGAAGGACAGCUUACCGAAGCCGAACCAGAGGAUGAGCCCUGGGCAGAACUCGGUCCAGUUGUGAAGAGGGAUCCGGUAAUACAGCUCCCGAGUCCGGUCAGCGGUUUUGAGCCGCUCACGUGGUCUGAGGACCACCGACUCUCGGCCUCUACUGCAAGUGGCAUUUCUUUGAUGGAGGUCUUGUGCGAUGUUCACGGCAACAACCAAGACUUGGUGCUGCAUCGGACCUCCAUCCCCGUGCCGGACAAAGUCUGUGAAUUGAAGGUGGGUCCAGCAGAGGAGCUGUUGAGGGCCAAAGACAAGUUCUCCAGUGACCCUUCAGUGAGCCAGUCCUUCUUGCUGGACAGAGUGUUAAACCCCACCUUAGGCGUCCAUAAGGGCAUCAUGUACACCAGCUGGUCCCCCCUGGGCUGUGACGGCAAUGGCCUCAGCCUUCUGGCCUCCCUCACCCUGGACCACAAGCUGACCGUCCACAGCAGCACCAAGCGUCUACAGUGGACAGUGGUGGCUGACCUGACCCAGCUGUAUGGAGAGAGCCUGGAGAGCAGAGGCUACUCAGUGCAGGGUGGGGAGCCCCCCAAGGCUAAUCUCCUGGACCUGGCUGAGCUUCAGAGACGCUACCUCAUGCAGACCCCUGUACGGAUGGAGUGGUCCAGUGUGUGCACCACGCAGCAUGUCCAGACCAACAACAAGUGGAAGGACGUGGGGACGGUGCUGCUGGCCGUGCUGAUGGAGAACGGAGACCUGGUGGUGUGGCAGUUCUGCCUGCCCAUGCUGGGGAAGGAUUCAGUGGUGUCUUGUAACACCAUCCAAUCUGGGGUGUCGUCCCCCAGUGUGCUGGCAUGGUGGGAGUACGAGCACAGCGGGCGCAAGAUGAGCGGACUGAUCGUGGGCAGUGCGGUGGGGCCUGUCAAGAUCCUGCCCGUCAACCUGAAGGCGGUGAAGGGCUACUUCACCCUGCGCCAGCCAGUGGUCCUCUGGCAGGAGUCAGACCAGAUCCCCGUACACAACAUCAAGUGUAUCUCCCUGUUCCACCCCAAACAGAACUGUAACUGUAGCCUGGUGGUGGCGGCCAGGGGCUCCUACCUCUUCUGGUGCCUGCUGCUCAUCUCCAAGGCGGGCCUCAACGUGCACAACUCACACGUCACAGGCCUGCACUCCACCCCCAUCGUCUCCAUGACAGCCAGCCGCCAGGGGGGCUCCAUCUACACCUGUUCCCUGGACGGGACGGUCAAGAAGCUCACGCCCAUCUUUACCGACAUGGCCGUGGCCUUUAAGCAGGAGGAGAUUGUGCUGCCAGAAGGCAUGGCAGGGCGGAGGAUGCAUGGCAUCGCGGUCAGCCCGAACGGGGCCUACCUGGCCCUGGUCAGUACUGCAGGGAUGACCAAUGGUCAGCACCUGGUCUCCAGGCCGUACCAGGUCCAGUUUGUGACCCUGAAGACGCCAAACGACGCGGCGGCAGAGCUGCUGGAGUCCCAGGUCCAGAGCCUGUUCAAACAGACUGACCUGCUGGACCUGGUGCGCUGGAGGGUGCUGAAGGAGAAAUGCAUUCCUGCUCUGCUGCAGGAGGAGCUGGACAAAAAGGUACACAACACAGGCUCCCCCUACCUGUGGAGGUUAAAACUCUUCCUGGUGCGCGUGCUCUACCAGUCCCUGCAGAAGGCCCCCGUGGAGGCGCGCUGGCGCCCCACGCAUGAAGACUCCAAGGUGUUUGUGGGGGAGGAGGAAGGGGGUGGAGAAGGGGAAGAGGGGGUGUCGAAGCUACAGGACCCAGAAUCCCAGGCGUUGGAGGAGAAGAUGGGAGAGGUAUUAGCGUGGAUCGAGGCGGUGGAGGCCCACCUGACCAGGGAGCACAUGAAGAGGGUUCUGGGGGAGGUGUACCUUCACACCUGGAUCACAGAGAACACCAGUAUCCCCACCAGGGGGGUCUGUGACUUCCUCACCAGCGACCCUACAUACGAGGACAGGGCUGCCAAGGUCCUGAUAGGUCACAUCCAGAAGAAGAUGAACAAGCAGACGUUCCCAGAGUACUGUAGUCUGUGUAAGGAGGUGCUACCGUUCACAGACCGCAAACAGGCUAUCUGCUCUAAUGGACACAUGUGGCUCAGGUGUGUAUUAUCCUACCAGGCGUGCCAGACACUCACGUACAGACGCUGCCUGCUGCAGGAUAGCAUUGCCAGACUGCCAGUGCCUGAGGACCCAGACUGGAUCAAGAGGAUACUGCAGGGUCCUUGUACGUUCUGCGACUCUCCUCUCCUCUAGGACUAUAGGACAUGCUAGUGGAGAGCCGGGGUUACGCUGCCUGCAGCGGUUGUGUGCCUGCUCGGACUAGAUGGACAAUUUUCACAACGGACACCACUAUUGCUUAUUUUUACCUGUUACUUAUUGUCAAGCAUAAUUGAUAUAUUUAAAAUGAAUUAUAGCACAUAACCGUAUCAUUUUCUAAAUAAAGAUUUUGAAUAUACAUUUAAAACCCCACUGAUGUAACUAUGGUUUAAUAAGAGGAAGUGGAGUGUGUGGAGAUGGAUAUAACCUUUUCUCUCGGAGUUCACAGCCCCAUAAGUAUUAUUUUCCACAUCUUGACUGCAUUUCCAAACACUUUUGUGUGUUAUUCUGUUAGGUAAAAACGGAGGGGGGACUUGGAGUGUCAGCCCUAUUUUGGUCUAUUUUUUUUGCCAAAUACAUAUCCUAACUGACUGAGAGAAAACAAUCUAAAUGUACCCGUAUCUGUUAUUUUAAUUGGCAGUGUAAAACAAUUUCCAUGCUGCAUGUAGGAGAAAAAAGACUGUCAUCCUCUUAGAUGAGGACUUCCACUACUGUAGACGGAGAGAGGGGGGAGCGCGAGGGGAGCGCGAGGCAGUAAGAGAGGGAUAGAAAGUGUGUUUAAAACUGACGCAUGUCUCCCCUGGGGGCUGAUUGUAAUGAGAUUCUACAGUAAUGAGGGACAGAGUUGGGCGGCAGGCAGAUGUGAAACUAAUUCUAAUCAAGGGGGGGGGGGGUUAGAGUUGAUAUUGUUAAAUACAAUAAACCCUUUUUUAUUUUGGGGAGAACAAUGUUCCAUGGGGAAGGAUGUGCACUCAUGGUGUGCCUUGCACCUUCCCCCUAUCUCAGAGACAUAGAUGUCAGUGGCCAGUGAUCAAAGAUGGAGUUGGACCUGGGAGACUGGGCUAGUAGCAGUACUGCUCUCUAUCAUGUCCUCUCUCAUCCCUUACAUCCCCAGCAUAUCCCCAUGCACAGCCCCGGCCAGGCAGAGGGGUGAGGCUGCUCUGGGGCUAGCCCUGCGUCAGGAAGUGGCCCUGGCUCUCGGUUCUCAACACUUAAUGAGAGGGCCAGAGUUUUACCCAGAAUCCUAAUCCCAUUGUCAACACUUUUUCUAGACAGACAGCAGAUCUGUUAAGAAUUUAAAUUUAUUUGUGGAAAUAAUGAUAAUUUGCCUGUUUUCUGCAAAGUGGCUAAUUUUGUCUGAUCUAAGGUUGUCUGUGGUCGAUAUAGCGGUAGUAUGUGUGACGCUAACGUAUUUUGGCGAUCCACACUGAAAAUAUGUCUUCAAAUUUUUUAUCAUUCAUUAGAAGCUAGUACUUUGCUAAUUAUUACCAUUCAAUAUUGUUAGACAAUGUGCAAACGCUGCAACAUUAUGAAGAGCAUACAGGUUUUUUCAUCAUGUGAUUGGCUCCCAGUAAGCGUGUUUGUCAAGUGGAAGUGGGUCUUCAGGUGAGAAUGUUCUUGUCAUUGAUAGGUGGAGACCAGUGCUGUUAGAGGUUAGCUGUGUUUGGUUGAACCUCCUCCUGCUUUAAUAGAAUAAUCUGUCAAAGAGCACUUCCACCAGUAAUUACCGUCUCCCCUCCCUUUCUUCCUCAGUCUUAGCUCUCACAAGACUUCAAAGAGGGAUUCUUCUCUAUGCAUACAAUAUUUAUAGCCUUCAUGUCAAUGGCUGGAUCGCAUAAAACAUUCAUAGCACCUUUUCACACUUUUAUUUAAUAUGCUAUUCCUUUUGUUUAUCUAGUUUGAAUAUGAUACAAUAUACUGUAUCUACUCUUAUGUGUACAGAUGCAUUUUGUAGUACCCAAAUAUCUCCAUCUCCACCCAUUUGCACAGCAGUUGCCUCAUUUCACUGGAAAGUCCUUAUGGGAUCAAAUCCAUGUUUCCGUUUCCAUCUUUUUUUUAUGUUUUCAUGUUGAUUUCUCACUCUUGUAUUUUGCUGUGUUUUGAGUCUUUUCGAUAACUUCAGUCAGCUAAUUUUACAUUCACGUCAUAGUUUGGGAUGGAAGGCCAACGUUGGACAAAGGGUUUCCAUUAGAAUGUCUCACCUGGACUACCCAGUUUUCUGUCCUUAAGUCCUAUUUGACAGUUGCAUGUCAACUAACAGAGUGGACUGUCAACCCAGAGACACUGAUCUCUAUAGUACCACAAGAUGACAGAACUCACUCCUCGUUCAUCUAGCGCUGUGAAACCUUGUGUCCUUGUCACAGUGCCGUUUCACAAGUUCAGUGUCUCCUUUAUCGCAUUUCAUUGGGUCGUCUGGACUUUUCCCGUGACCCAAAAUAUUUGUAACCAAGAGUUAUAUUUUCCUUAUGUUGUGUGAAUAUUUUUUUUUGUCUUUGUACAUCAUUUUUUUUUCUCCAUUGAAUUAAAGAUUCUAAUAUGUAGUCAUAAAAAUUGAAUCCUCCGUAGUAAUUGUAUUACCCUAAACAAUGAUGUUUGUUUAUGCAGGAAACAGACAGUCCCCUAACUCUGAGAUAAACAUGACUGUCUGCAAUGUUUGGACCCCAAAAAUAAACACAACAUUUUGGAGAACGAA